GGUUGCACAUUGUAUCGUUCACCAUCAAUACACCAACAGAUGACAAAAUAAAUCCAUGCUUCCUUGACUAAUAAAUAAUAACAGCCUGAUACCAGAGAGAUCCGCAGUGCACUUACCUGGGCGCCACAGAGUCACGAGCUCUUUCUCCCUGCACUGCCACGUCAUUCACAAUCGUCGCUCGCAUCCCGGGGAAACUCGCUCGUGCUCUCUCUGUCGGACGUGUCUGUCCCACAAAAUCGGCUGGUGAGGAGAAUAAUAAAACGGACGACAUUCUCAGUCUCACCGGUGACACGGGGGAUCAUGGGGGGAUCGCAGAGUGUGGAAAUACCCGGAGGUGGUUCGGAGGGCUAUCAUGUUCUCAGGGUGCAGGAGAAUUCUCCCGGGCACAGAGCAGGUCUGGAGCCGUUCUUUGACUUCAUUGUGUCCAUCAACAACACUAGACUGAACAAGGAUAAUGACACACUGAAAGAUAUUCUGAAGGCCAGCGUUGAAAAGCCUGUAAAGAUGCUGGUGUACAGCAGCAAGACGCUCGAGCUGAGGGAAGCCACUGUUACCCCUAGCAAUAUGUGGGGUGGACAGGGCCUUCUGGGUGUCAGCAUCCGCUUUUGCAGUUUUGAGGGAGCCAAUGAAAACGUCUGGCACGUUUUGGAAUUGGAGCCAAAUUCUCCUGCAGCUUUAGCAGGAUUAAGGCCACACACUGACUACAUCAUUGGAGCAGAUACUGUUAUGAAUGAGUCAGAAGACUUAUUCUCAUUGAUCGAAACCCAUGAGGGCAAAGGACUGAAACUCUACGUCUACAACACAGACACUGAUAACUGCAGAGAAGUGGUCAUUACGCCAAAUAGUGCCUGGGGUGGAGAGGGCAGUCUCGGUUGUGGCAUUGGCUAUGGUUACCUGCACAGAAUCCCUACUCUGCCAUUUGAAGAGGGCAAGAAAAUUAGUUUUCCUGGACACACCACCAGUGAGCCAGCCAGCCCGCUGAAGGAUGGUUUCACAGAGGUACAGCUGUCCGCAGUAAUUCCACCCCCUGUGUCACAGCCAGCCCGAGGGCUUGAAGACAGCCUGUCUGGCCUGUCACUCAGUGCUGCCCCGUCUCAAAUGCCCAGCGAGCUCCACACAGGUGUUCCCACAGUCCCCCUGUUGCCCACUCAUGUCACCCAAGGGUUGGGUUCCCUUCCCUUUGCCAACCCCUCUACCACCCUACCAGGUUUGAUGCCUUUACCGUCUGGCCUCCCUCCCCUACCAAACCUACCGAACCUCAAUAUACCAUUACCGGACUUUAGUGCUGUAACGUUAGCUGGAAUCAGUGGGUUGCCUCCCACCACAGCAGGUUUGCCCCCUCUCCCCUCCCUCCCUCCUUUGAACCUGCCUGGCAUCUCUCCUCUGCCCAUGCCAGCCAUUCACCCCUCUACACUGCACAGCAUGCCAGGGGUAACGCUGCCCUCCAACUUGGCACCCUCUGAUCUGGUACCACCCAUCUCCUUAAUGGCCCAGCAGACUCCAGCACUAAUACUGGAUGCCACAGCCACCCCUGCAGUCAAAGGCACGCCCUCAGAGAUGCCCGUUGCCACAGAAACGAGUUAUGCACUGGCGGCCACAGAGUCCUCAUAACGAUCAGACCAUGGCCUGGGAGUGUCCUCCUGUAUCUAAUGUAUUUAUUCAGUAAAAAAAAAUAUUUCAGUGUGCAAACACACAUAUUAACAAUUCUGUUGAAAGACACCAGAGAUGAGGGAGUGAUGGACAGAUUUGAAAUUAAAAUAUUAAAAAUAAAUGAAAAACAGCAAGAAUGGCUGUUGGUGAUGAGCAUGUAUGUCCAGUUUGAGUCUGUGCUUUCUCAAGCUUUUUCUUUCUGUAUAUCUGUAAGCAACAUUCAAAUGUUAGUAUAACAUUCACUGUAAUUACAAAUUGUUAUGUGAUUUUUAAUGUGUGUGCUUUCUUUGAACCAUGUUCAUUGCUCUUAUUUUCUCAGAACAUCCUGUAUACAUCAGACUGGGCCACUUUCUCUCGCUGGCACCUUCAGUAAGAUAGCGCUGUUAACGUAAAGAAAUACACGUGUGCUGCAGGGCUGAAUGUGUGCUUGUGCACUUUGAAGAUAGUAAGGGAAUCUUAUUCAAACAUACACAAGCAAUAAACUACCCAGUUUUACACUA